AUUCCCUGCCCUCCUGACACAUCACAUGUGGCCGUUUGGUCCGUUAGAUUCCGUUAUACCCAACCGGGAGAUUAGGUUAGCAUACCCCUGUCAGAUGUAGAGCUGCAGAUUGUAGAGCUAGUAUACCAGUAGGAAGCCAAGGAUUUCUCUCUCACAACUGAUGGUAAUUUGUUGCUUUACAGAGUGGAGUUACUGCAACGCAGACUUUUGCCAGGAUUUAGCCUUUCCAGUAUCUGUAGCUUGUAGGAAGCUGAGGAUUUCGAGAGGAUUUCUCUUGCUCAAUCGGCUGUAAGUUGUUGACCUUACAGUCAGCUACAAAACUACACUGGGAAAGUGGAGACCCUGUGCUGUAUGAGCCCAUGACACCAGAGUUUAAUUCUGCCUGGGAUGGCUUUUCCUUCCUGCAGCUGUCUGAAGUUUGAGUGCAGAAUUUUGUGAGGAUUUCUGUCUUACAACUGGUUCACAGUAACUUGUUGCCUCUCAGACGUACCAAACAGAACUACACAGAGAGCAAGAGUGGAGUUACUACAAACAAGGAGGUUCCAAUCUUUGCUGUGCCACUCGGAGUUUGACCUUGAUGGCUUUCCCGUAAAGAGUCAAGGAAGCUGAGGAUUUUCUGAGGAUUUCUCGCUUACAAUUGGUCGUAAUUUGUCGCCUUACAGAGUUACAAAACAAAACUACACUGGGAGCGAAAGUAGUAUCGGGCUACUACGACACUCACAGUACUCAGAAUUUGACAAGGAUGGCUUAUCUGUGAAGCUCAUGGGAACCUGAGGAUUUUCUGUGGAUUUCUCACUUACAUUUGGUUAUAAUUUGUUGCCUUACACAGAGUUCAAACUACAAACUCCAGGGAGUUACGUCAACGCUUUAGACUGGAGUUAAACCAGGAUGGCCGCCCUGGACCGGGAUCGGCUUCGCGAGAGGCUGGAGGAAACGUUACAGCGUAGCCGUGACGACUCGGACCGACAGCUGGACGCGCUGCUUGUGGAGGUGCGGGGGAUUCAGACAUGGCUACAGGACACGUUCGACCAGCUGGAGAUGCUGAGUGUAGCAGUCGAGGACGACGCUCCGCGGGGGGUCUCGGACGUCAGCAACCACAGACAACAUCUCCAGAGGUUACAGCACACGAUACGUGAGAACAAGAUCCCCGUACAGGUUGCCCUGCAGAAGGGGAAGCGUCACCUUGACCGAGAGCCGGACGUCUCGCUCCAGACGGACCUGAAGAACAUCCAGUACUUCUGGGACCUACUUCAGGGGAGGGUGGCGGGGCUACAGGAGCUGCUGGGGGAGGGGGGCACGGCCCCACCCCUGGGGACACCACAAUCCCACCCUGGGGAAGGUGGGACCACGUGUGACAACCAUCGGAGAGGCGGGAACCAAAACGACGACGGGUUUCCAAAAUCCUCGAACUUCCCGAGACCGAGUCACAGGAGGAUCGUGGAGAGGAGCACCCAGGGUCUGAUCAGAGCUGUGGAGAAGCUUCAGCGUCGGACAGACGAACUGACAAGUCCGGGGACAUCCCGGCAAACGACCCAGCAGACGACCUUGACGACUAUGAACCAGAGUAACCCGAUCUCCAUCAGCCAUGGCGGGUGUCGCCCGCCGGACAACCUCCUGGCCAGGGAGCUUUCCUCGUCGGACGAGAGUCUUAACGAACUCAUGAUCGACGUUAACGAGUACAUGGCUUCCCUGGUCGAGCUGGAGAACAGCUCUCUGGAUGAUGACGGUUACGGCUCCUUCGGGAAGAAGGGGCUCGAGUUCUUCUCCGGCGAAUCCGCAGAGAAUUCCGCUCAGGAGUCUCCGAGGAACAAGGGAGCCUGCGGCUUCAGCAGCGAAGACGACUUGGACGAAGCCGUGAGCUCCCUGGAGGACCUGCACAUGAGCUGGGAGUGUCUCUCCUCCUCCCCUCCCGCCUCCCUUCCUGUCUUUUACCGCCUCCCACAGCCCAAGCACUCCACCCCGCGGGCAGAGACGCAGGACGCACCUCAAGAACGUUCCGGAGUCUCCUCCGAGACUCUCCUCAAAGAUGAGAAGGGAGCUGAAGGGAGGAAGGAACACAAGGAGGAGGAAAAGAGCGUAGAGGAAGAGGAGACGACUGGCAACAGUUCUCCUUUAACGUUUGAGGUCACGGAUUCGCUUCCAGAAGCCAUCAAGGAGCAGUUUGAGGCCUUUGCAGAGGACCUGAAGACUCUUGCCGAGUUCCUUGAGAACAUGACGGAGCAGGCAGCAUCCUUCCAGACGCCAGGGGACGACCUGGUCAGCCUGCAAGUCUUCUUGGAGAAACACCUGGCGUUUAAGAUGCAGAUGGACACGCAGGCCGUCCUGCGCAGUGCAGUGGUGAAGGAGGGGCAUCAUCUGGCGGGGUCGCUGAGCACACAGGGGCCAGCCCUGGAGGCCGUCCUGCACACAAUAGAGCAGCGCUGGGCUCAGCUGGUCAGGACCCUCACACGGCAACACUGCGCCAUCAGCCUCGCGCUCGAGUCCUUCCGAAUGGACCUCGCCGCGCCACGUGGGGACGGCACCGACGGCGAGGACCUGAGGGAGGCGGUUGCCAUGGAGACGGCCCAGGAUGCGAUGGAGGAGAUGUCGCUGAAGCUGUCGGGGUCAGGGGUCAGCGACAGUCCCACCGACAUCAAGGUCAACUCCGUGGUCAGGUUCCACCUAGAGGAGCUGGCUGAAGAAAGCUGGGACCUUCUGAGCUCCUCGCCCGAGGACGGCCUCCUGCUGUCUCCCCACGGGUCCCCCCCUGGGGCAGGGGCGCACAGCUACGAGCUGUCGGACUUCACACAGCAGCACCAGGAGCUGGCCGAGUGGCUGGGCGAGAUCGAGGGCGUCCUCACCGACCGGGACGACCUCAUGAUGUCUGAAGAGCAGAUCAAACAUCUCUGUAAGAGCUAUGAGAUCGAGAUGGGACUGUACCAGCGCCGGCGCGACACCUUCCUACAGAAGGGUGAGCGUCUGAAGGCAGCGUACCCCGACCUGUUCUCGGACAUCAGCGACAAGCUGCUCGCCAUCACCAAGAAGUGGGAUCUGCUGCGCGUGAACCUCGCGCACGAGGGCGGGAUCACGCCGCCCGGCGAGAACGAGAUGGUACUAGCUGCCCUUGAGGCGAGUAUUGAGCACCUGCAGGCGUGGCUGUCGGACAUGGAGGCCAAGAUGUUUGUGAACGACAUCUACAACAUCAGCGGGGUGGAAGACCUGGAGGUCAGACUCAAACAGCACGAGGCCCUCCAGUUGGACAUCGAGGCGCACGCGCCGAGCAUCGCGUCGGUCCUGGAGCUGUGCGAAAAGCUCGAAGACGACUGCCACGCCUGCCGCACCUUCGAGGAGAAGCUAACUAACAUUUCCUCUCUGCUGUACACCAUCGCAUCGGUCCUGGAGCUGUGUGAAAAGCUGGAGGACGACUGCCACGCCUGCCGCACCUACGAGGAGAAGGAGGCCCUUCAGCUUGCCGCCAUCAACCUGGAGCGGCGCUGGGACGCCAUCUGCAUGCAGGCCAUCGACAUGCAGUGCCGGCUGGAGGAAAGGCUCUGCACAUACAGACAGGGCCUGUACCAGACCACGGUGGGGCGCUACGACCUCUCGUCUUCUGCGUCCACGUUGAGCGAGGUCGCCACGGGGUCGACCGACACGUCACUCGACCUGGAGGACUUCCCUUCCGACGCUGACGUCAUUCCCUUCGACGCCGGAGAGUACGAAUCCAUCGUGCACGGCAGCGCCGAAUUCAGGAAAACCAGAAAGCAUUCUUCUCGUCACCACAACUUCCAGACGGAAGCCCGGAGUAAGAAACAGACGGGAGAAAGGGGCCUUUCACACAGCGAUGGAGACGUCAGGCCAAAGAAGAGGACGCCAAAGAAGUACACGGACCAAAGGCACAGCACUUGCUCAUUGAACCCUUACAGUGAUGACUCUAUGUUCAGCAGGAACAGACGCUCGACAAGCGACAUUGUCCCACAAAAGACCCGUAAACCAAGUAAUAGAGAGCUUUACUUCAACAAAAAAACAUCCCAAUCCUCAUCAGUGGCAUCCGCCAUAGUGACAUUGGACUCCGAAGUCCUGCUGGCAGAGGGCGAAGGAGACAUAAGAGACGACAACUUGUUUGCCACGAUCAAGGGUGUUCUGGUGGACCGAACCAUGUCGCUCGACGAGGGGCUCAACGUCUUGGGCGUGGUGGAGAUCCACUCCGUCCCACAGGCCCUAAGCCUGUCCAAGAGGGAACUCUUCAGCAGGAUUGCCGGCCAUCUGAUGAGCUCUGCGCUGCUCACGCAGUCAGAUUCAGAACUGCUGAAGGCUCGGGACGGGAAGAGCAGGAUGAACUUCCCCCUGGUACCUUCAGAUUCAGACAAGCUGGAGGCUGGAGCAGCCUGGGCUGAGUUCUCCCCACAAGAGGAGGAGGAGAUGUACCACAGCAGGGAGAGUGGGAUAUCCAGCGACCAGGAUGAUGGCCUGAAGGAACAGGAAGAUGAGCUGGAGGAAGACCCGAGCUGGUACCACAGGCGAGACACUAAAUCAGGAGCGAAUCCUGAAUUUGUGGGAAACUCGGUCCACAAGGAGGGAGCAGCUUCAAGGGAUAGUGUUCGUAAGUCUUCAGAGAAUGACUCGUCCGCCGAAUCUGCCCAGGGCUAUCGCAAGUAUGGCCUGAGUGACAGGACCCUGGAGAUCCUUCAGGAGGUGAUGGAUACGACGAGUCCAUUCGUCUCCAAGUUGAGGCAGACAAACGGCAGAAGUAGGAGCGGCAGCGCAAGAUGCUACGAGGAAGAGGAGUAUGAUGAAAGGGAAGACAGUGUGGAUGUGGCAAGCUUGCUGCUGGGCUGUUACGACGAGGAGAGUGCAGCAGACUGCAUGGAGUGGGAUAGCGGCAUGAGCAGUUACGAGUGCACCCCGCUGUCGACUCUGGGGUAUGGGGAAGAGGACCGCAGGAGGUCCGACAGGAAAGGGGGAAGUCGUCAAAAGGAGGAGAGGCGUGAGGAAGAGAGCUCCGAGGAUGCGACUUCAGCUUUGUUUGCUACCACAGACGACUGUCCUGCGGAAUAUGCAGUACAAGGGGCGGACAUGGGAGAGCCAGACUGCACAACAGACAGUGCAACAAACGAGCUCUCUGAAGAGGCAUGCAAAACUUCAGAGGAAGACAGAAAGUACUUUUUUGGGAGGUACAGCAGUGGUGUUCAUGGGAACGAGCUCGCUUCGUGUGAGUCCAGGAUUUCUGGAACGUCAGAUACGACACAACAGGGAGGGGACGGAUAUGGCUGCAGCAGCUCUACUAGGGGGGAGGGAUCAUCCUUCCAUGGCCAUGCAGGGACAUUAAGUACCAGGAGAUGGCAGUUGCAUGAAGAGGAAAUGACCGGUAGUGAUGUUUUAUGGCACCGGAGGGACGGCCCAGGUAUCAGGCAGCUUCAUCCAUCAGCCAGUCUUAUCGGAGAUGUCGAUUACAGGGGGCCAAAGUCAGGUGUGCCUACAUCCCCAGAUAAGCACUCGGGACACGGCUCCGGAGCAGCGGAAUUUAUCACCGCGCCGGGAGAUAACGGCUAUCAUACUGAGGCAGCACGCCGCGUGUCAUUCGUCACCCUGGCGACAGGCCAAGCGGGAGCCGGGAGUGACAGGGGGACGUCGGGGAGCUCCGGGGACGGUGACAGUGAUGGGAGGAUGACAAAUGGUGCCUAUGGUAAUGGCAGCACGCAGUGCCACCGGCCAUUAGUCACCACUAAACACCUACAGGAGUGUGAAACGGGGGCCAGCACCAACAGAGACGCCGACAUGGUCGUGCAGAACGUCUACAACGGGGCCACCGAAGUGGUAACCAGGGGCGACGCUCUGGACCAGUUUGCCUCGAGCUACCUCACUGAUGGAGUGGCAGGAAGUUGUGAUGGAGAUGCGGGAAAUGGGCAUGAAGUGCUCCCCAACUCUUCUUCCUCUGGACCGGAGGCAGCAGCAUCGUCGGCAGAUUUACGACUUGGUCCCAGACCCACUGACAGCAGAGAUGUGCCAGCCUCCGCAAUAUCAGACUGGGACGGGAUCCAGGGCGGCAUCGGCGGAUCAAUACCUUAUCAUUCCUCCAGCACACUUUGGACUCAGGAGGGAAUCCUCGGCAAUCACCGACCGGCCUCACCUUCCGCAAAGUUUGAGGAUGAUGAAAUGUUCCGUCGCUUCCAAAGUCUGGAGAGGGAGUUGCUGGCAGAGGACGACUUUUUGGCCUUGCCGCCGUACUCCCGAAGAAUCGACGUGGGUUUGAUUGACGUCGAGGAAGACGACGCCCUGCUGAAAGGGGAGGAACGCUUCCGGUACCCUCCCUCAGGAGCCGACGCCGACCUUGAGCUCCUGGAAAAGAAGACUUACAAGCAGAUUGAUGACCUUGCGAGCAGCGGAGCCAUCUUGGAGGAGACAACAAAGAACCUGAAGGAAUUGCUAAAUGGGUUCGGCGGGCAGAGGCCGCCCCUGGAUGCGAGUGGAAGUGAUUCUGACGCCUCUACCGUUAAAGAGUCCAAUGAGACAACGCUGUCAGGAUCAAAGACUUUCCUCUCAGGAGGAGAGCAUGACUUGAAUGAGGAUGCGUCGUCCGGACCAAACUUUGAAAACAGAACAUGCACACUCCAAACUCGUGUGCUGGAAGAAGAAGAAGCAGAGAAAGACUUUGAAACUCCAGAAAUCGCCAACAAUAUCACAAUAAACUUGCAAGAGCAACACGAAACCCUCCAUGUUUCUGAUGGCAGCUCACAGGAGUUCCCACCACCUCCAGUCAGGAAAGAAAGUUGGGAUGUCACGGGGACCAAAGUUUCGGUUGAUGAGCAAGUGCAAGUGCCUCGUGCCUUUUCAAAUGAGGACAUAAAAACAAUCAAUCCAUCUGAUACAGAAAUUUUGGAUGCAGAAACUGACACUGUUGACCAUCAUCCUGACGGUAAGUCAUCAACGAAACAAGAUGUGAAUGGAGACCUGACUAUCAGCGAUCCUGGCUGUUUUGGACGGAGAAGGAUUGUCCCUCGUAAGAUCCCGCUGCAACGGUUCAUCAGCCCGAUGGCAGCGUUUGCCUCAACACACAUGGCAAACGGUGCCUGCGCUUACCAAAGGCAGGUAGAAGUAGUUCAAGACCAUCGAUGCCUUCACACUGAAGACGACGCUCUGCCACUGCAGCAAAAUAAUCACGAGACCAACGAGGUGCCACGUCACAACAGCGCAGUCGGAACCUCAAUAGGAACUGGUGAGACUGGUGGCCUUUGCAGUGGAAAAGAGGUUGGCAUGGAGAACGGCCUCAGUCCACCGUCCUAUGAGCAGGCUUGUGGAGAAGCUCAACAAGUGGACGGACUGUGGCUUAGUGAAGACAGUUCACAGUGCACACGUGGUGCAAACUUUUCAUCAGUUGGGUCUGCUACUGGUCCUUCAAAGACAGAGGAGGAACUUUCCUGUCAUGCAGAACAGUCGAGCGCAUUCCAGGCAAUAGUAAACAGCAUUGGCGUCCAACAAGAAGAUUGCGAUGUAUCAUUUUCUAUGGCCACUGAAGGUGCAAACAAUGCACAGAGCAACCACAGCGUCCACCUUGAUGCUAAAGUUCCAAGCAAUGCUGACAUUGCUGUCAACUUGUCAGGGUGUACUGGUGAACCUGAACCCACAGAACAGAUAACUACCAUCGGCACCAGUGCAGAAGCCCAGCUGAAAGUCACCAGCAGUGAGUACAGGCCAGUCCAGGUGGACCGCAAGGUGUGCGACGGGCAGUUCACUGCUAAGGAAUCUUCUCAACUGGUUCUGGAGCCAGCAGGCGGAGAAGACAACUCUCCAGUCCUCGGUGAUACUCGGCAGCUCGGUGAGAGGGAACCAUCAUCAACUGCAUACUCAGCAACCAGUGAAGUGGACAACAGACAGACUCCAUCCAACCUCUCACUAGCAACUACACAACAGAUUCUGCAUAGUGUGAACGGAGGAUCUGUGACAACUACCAAUACAGACAGCUUGUCCACCAGCCGGGCCAGCUCUAGGGACAUCUCCCAAACACCUGAUGAACCAUCUGUUCCAUCCAUACACCACCUGAUGACUGACACCUGUCAAUCAAAAGUACCGCAGGCUGACCCAAAAUCUAUCCAGCCAGGCAGCAACAUCGGAACAUCAGCGUUCGACAAGGAUGGGUUCCGGCUGCAACUUCUCAGCAAAGAAGAACAUGGAAAAUGUUCUUCUUUACAUCCUCAGCAUCCCAAACGUUCUUCCUCACAUCAUCAGCAUCCCAACGGUACCUUACCUGGAGGAGUCGCUAUUGCACAACGCAGGACUGCUUUUUCACUGACAGAUGCCUUAAAAGUUGAGGAACCCCAAGAUGAGUCUCCAGAACAGUCGGAUGGUAGCACUCACUCAGAUGCUGUGGAUGUGAGUGAGUCACAUCAGGCACUUCAGGGUUGUGGUUCCCAGGGAAGAGAGGAGUCAGCUGUAAGGUAUGGAGGAGAAACAAGCUCAGGCCAUUCCAGAGACGAAGCUGACAAGAUUUCCUCCCAUUCUGACGUGAUGUGCAUCACAGAAAGUGCAGGAAGCUCCCAGGGACAGGAUUUAGACAGCCAGAGUUGUACAGACAUUGCUUGUACUGAAGGCACAGUGUUGUGCGGAAAGGAGUCACAGGCCACUGUGCAAACACUCCAGCCCCAUCAUGGGACAGACGCUCCCUCCCACAACAGUCACACGCUCGGCCGUCCCGAGCCACAGACACUCGCAGGAAGCAGUUUGUCAUCGGAGUCGGGACACACAGAUGGGACGCUACCUCCACAAGUAGAUGUGACUUCUCAAGCGACACCUGCCUCCACCACAAGGUGCCAAGACCAGCUAGAGCCUGGCGAUAUCCUGUUGCCAUCGCAACAACGUAGCAGGUCGACUGGAGCAGACAUGUCCAACGGGGGCAUGCCCCAUGCAGGGCCGCCAUCCCCCCAUGCAGAGCCACCAUCCCCCCAUGCAGAGCCUCACAUCAGGCGCAGAAAACCAGAGCAUGUGGUCCGCCCGGCAGAAGAACACAGCAAGAGUUCUGAAGGCAGCGCGCCCCUGGAGGCAGGUCAUGAGGAGACCAGGUCAUGGCCCCGUUUGGAGCGAGUGCUGCGAUUGGCUCUCCCGGUCCAGGCCCUCCUCUUCCUGAUGCUCCUAUUGGUCAGCCUCCUGCCGCUGAUGCUCGAGCCGGAGUGUUGCUCCACGGCGAACAACUUACACCGCUCCAUCCACCCGACAUUGCGCCACGUCAACGGGCCCUCCCCUACCUAGUCAGCCCAUCAUCCAGCCGGAGUAUCACACGACGGCAAACAACUUAGAUUCCUUCUGACAAGACAAAACUCAGAUGAAGGACUGUCGUGGAUUGUCAUGUUGCAGGAAAAGUGUAGCCUGGGUACCAUCCUAUUUCUACCGGGGCUCCUUACACUCCCCCGGUAGAAUACGGAUGAUACUCAGGCUAGGAAAAGUGUUGCACGACAGUGAAAAACUUACAUCGGUACAUCCAUCCAACCUUACACGUCCCCACCUAGACCACUAGCAUAUACACAGAACGUAAUGCGCUUGUGGUACAUAGCCUGGGAUCCAUACCUACAUGUUUAACUGCCCGGUCUUUUUCGUCACCUUUGGUCAAAGUUGUAUCCGAGUAAUAGCCAUUGUAUACAAUCUCUCUUAGUCUCUUUGGAGUUUGGACACAACUGACUGACCCUAUAUACUGGGUUUUACCAGUAACCUCAUAUACACAACCCUGUAUGCUGAUGUUCUGGUGACUUGAUCUGUGCACCCUUCUCUGGCCAAAGUGUUCCACUAACAACUUACAUCCGUCCAUCCACCCAACCAUACGUGCCCUCCCCUCACAGGGUACACCCACAUCGUAUGCUUGCAGUCCUGCCCAGUUUCAGUGAGGCUCAUUAACAGAUGCCACUGGGGAAAUUUGCCCUCCCUGGCCAGAAUUCCCUUGUUCCUCUCUUAUAUUCUGUGUACACGGUCCGUAUGGCUUGACCACCAGAGCAAAGAAAAGUGUUACGAAAUAUGUAUAUGCAGAGGCUUUUGUUACAACUUUGAUAUUUGUGAAAGCAAAGAUAUUAUAUGACACAAAAUGUACAUGCUUUGAGGUUUUCAAAACUUUUUAGUU